AUGCCCCUCGAAUCACCAAUGGUCCAAGAAACCUCUCGAAGAGUAGAAGAGAUAAUCAAUGAUCUCCACCAGGGAAAUCAUAUAGACGCAAUGACAAAGAAGUGGCUUUCUCAAACACCUAGCCCACCGUGUAUACCAUUUUUUUACACGCUAACAAAGAUUCACAAACCAGUUUCAUCUGGUAGACCUAUAAUUUCGGGCUGCGAUGGCCCAACAGAACGUAUAUCAUCAUUUUUAGACCACAUCCUACAGCCUAUCGCUAAAGUACAAAAAUCCUACCUCAAAGAUACCACACAGUUUAUCAACUUUAUAGAAAAGAGGAAAGUUCCAAACAAUGCGAUCCUAGUUUCAAUGGAUGUUACCAGCCUGUACACCAAUAUUCCUCAAGAAGAAGGAAUAAACACUGUAUGCAAAGCAUAUGAAGCCUUCUAUAAGAACGACACACCCAUUCCUACAAAUUCACUCAGAGGCUUGCUUAGACUUAUACUACAGGAGAACUCCUUCCAGUUCAAUGGACGAAACUAUCUCCAGACUCAUGGUACCGCAAUGGGAAAAAAAGUGGCAGUUCCUUUUGCCAACAUCUUUAUGUCCACGGUAGAAACAGAAAUUAUCAAUAAAAGCAAGAUAAAACCCCUCGAGUGGAAAAGAUACAUCGAUGACGUGUUCUCCCUGUGGGACACAAACAGAGAGAAAAUAGACCAAUUCAUUUUAGAAGCAGACAGGCACCAUCCUACCAUAAAAUUCACGGCUGAAAUAUCAGAAGAGAAAACAAACUUCCUAGACACUACUAUCUUUAAAGGCGAGAGAUUCUACAAAGAUUCAAUCUUUGACAUCCGUACGCACUUUAAACCGACUGAGACAUUUCAAUACACGCAUUUUGCCUCCUGUCACGCUCCAGGCGUGAAAAAAGGAUUUAUCAAAGGCGAAGCCCUUAGGCUUCUUAGAACCAACUCUUCAAAGGCAACAUUUGAAGAAAACAUU